GGAAUUUAUCGAUUGUCCCUAAAGUCACACGUCUACAGUCAGCUCAAAGUGCCCGAGUUUGUUAUUCAUUUGUGUGUUUCAGCGGUAUAUCGAGUUAACGCUGAUCGGAUCAUGGCUACCCACGAGUUUUAUGUUGAUAUGACCUGUGAGGGAUGCUCUGGUGCAGUAACUCGCGUCCUUAAAAAAAUAGACGUCAAGUUUGACAUUGAUCUUCCUAACAAGAAGGUCUUCAUUGAGUCGGACAAAGACACAGAAGUACUGCUGGAAACCCUGAAGAAAACCGGCAAAACUGUGACAUACAUUGGUCCUAAAUAGACCAGAUGUUAAACAUUAACUGUCCAUAUGGUACAACAACAUAUAUUCCAACAUGUAUUCCUAUCAUCCUCCAUUUGUAAUCCCUUAGUAUUUGUAUAAUUUUUAACUUUAAAAUUGCUUUUGCAUGUUAAAGUUGCACGUUAUUCCAUAUUGUACUACUAAUGGUAUGUCUAUAUACUAUUUUUCAUUCUUAAGGUUCAGCCCAACUCAUUUGUAAUGAUUAUGCUGACAACAUGAAGAAGGUCAUAAAGGCUGGACAUAUGUGAAAUUAGUCAUAAGCUGAUUAAUGGACAUAUAUUAUAUGUCUCAUGCCAAAUUGUAAUAAUGUAAACUGUUCUAUAUAUUUGUGCAUUAUACCACUUUAUUAUGUUGACACACACUGCUACUGGGUUGUGAAAUAUCUGUGGCUUUAUGGACUUUUUGCUCUUGGGCUCAUGCUAAUUGAACAUUCAUUAUUACAUGUAACCUGAAAAACUAUGUAAUGUAUUAAACAGUUGAAUGUAAGGAA